AUGGAAAAACGCGAUGUUGUUUCUUGGACAAUGAUGAUUACAGGAUUUGGUCAGCAUGGGAAAGGUAAAGAAGCUAUAGACAUCCUGAGAAUGAUGCUAAGUGAAGGAUUUAAGCCAGAUGAUAUUACAUUGCUUGGAGGAAGGUUGAAGGAAGCAGAGAUAUUUAUUCAGCAAACGGGAGUUGGAUCAGAAGUCUUUGUAUGGGAAGCAUUGCUUGGUGCUUGCAGUAUCCAUGGAGAGCUUGAAUUGGGAGAAAGAUCUGCCGAAAAGAUUAUGAAAUUAGAACCCAGAAGAAAUCAACCCACGUGCUAUUGGCGAAUAUAUAUGCUGAUAGGGGAUUAUGGGAGGACAAGGAAAAGGUCCGAGAGAGCUUGGGUUAGUGGUGCACGUUGGAUGGGGAAUUAUGCUGAUCUUGCUUUUGAGCUUUCUGGAGCAAGGAACAUUUCACCAACGGUGCCAGGUGGUUCACUGGGCAGUAUAUUCGUUGUAGAAGCUGUUACUGGUUUUCAUUCAAUUGCGUUUGCAGUAACCACGAAAGGCAUGGAUCAUAGUUUACAGAGUAGUUCAAUUAUAGUAAGAAAUGAAAACAAUUGUUCAGAUUUCUCAGUUUUGGUACUUUAG